GCUAAUGAGGUUGCGGGGAUGGGUUGCGGGCAGUGCGGUGAGGAGGCAGCUGGUCUUCGCAGCCCACAUGCUGCCUGGGAGUGCUGAGGGGCGGCGGUGACCGUGCUGCUGGUCGGGAGCCGGGCGAGAUAAGCUAUCCUUUUGGAUUCAGUAGACAAGAACACUAAACACAAUAUUUUGGAAAGUGAACUCCAGGAUCAAUCAUGUCUAUUAUGGACCAUAAUCCUACCACUGGGGUAGUCACAGUUAUUGUCAUACUUAUUGCUAUCGCAGCCCUUGGUGCCUUAAUUCUGGGUUGCUGGUGUUAUCUACGCUUGCAGAAGAUCAGUCAGUCGGAGGAUGAAGAAAGUAUUGUGGGGGAAGGAGAAACCAAAGAACCUUUUCUUUUGGUUCAGUAUUCGGCAAAAGGUCCUCGAGUUGAGAAAAAAACCAAGCUAACUGCUAAUGGCACUGACGGACACAAUUUUCAGGCAAAUUAGGAGUCUAUCCAGCCGAGAUGCUUCCAAAAAGAAUGGAUACUGUGAAAAUAAUAGAACCACCUCGAUGUUGGAAGUUCUCUAGCCCUGGCUUUCAGACUUUGUCUGGAAGCCACUUACACCGCAUGGCUAAAGUACUCUCCUGCGAUCCUUGCUCUCGAUAACUUUUCCCGUGUAUUUUUCAAACCUUAAGCUAUAUAUCUCCCCUAAAAUGUGAACUGUUCCCAGUCACGUGAACAGUGUAAAUAUGUCAUCUAUUUUUUAUUUUUUACUCGGUCUUGUGAAGUAACAUUUCUGAUAUAACGAAAACCACAUGUUCAGAAAUUGUCAACUAAGUAACGGAAGCAAGAUCUUAAACACAGAUUGGCACUUAGUUUUAUUUAAUAGUUGGUUGAAUAGUGUUUUUUUUAACACUAGGUUAUACUUCCUCUUCCUUAGAGAAUGAGGAGCUACAUGAUUUUUACUAUAUUGUCUUUAAUUGUGUUUUUUUUGUUUUUUUUUAUAACUGCAUUGAACCUGCCAUGUUUUCGCUUGUAAAAAGAGCCAAUGAUCUGGAACAUGCCUUGUAAAUUUUAAAUGUGCCAAGAGGUUCUCCACAUUUAACUGGCAGAUGAGCAGUUAUCUGGAUGUAUUUUUCUAAUAAUGAAAUGCUAUUUUAGAUUUUCAGUAAAACAUUUAUUUAUAUGUUUUCAGAUAAGUUAUAACUGUGCAUACAAAAUGUAGACAUAUUAGUGGGUAUACUUACUCCCUGUUACAAACCGAUCUUUUUAUGAUUGUGUGAUAAAAUGAGGGUUCAAAUUCCCUGAGCUUACAUAUAUACUUUCCUCCUCUUUAAGUAAGAGAGGUUGUUUUAAAGAGUCUAUUGAAAGUUGGAGUGAAUUUUGAGUAUGUUUUUACUCGAUGACCUGCUUGAUAGACUAAAAUUAAUACAAAAAAAACUUAAGUGGCUGUAAUAAUCACUUUUUUUUGUUUAAAAAAAAAAAAAAAGUUACCAAUCAUUCCUGAGAGUCUGGUUAAAUCCUGUACAAGUUCUCAUAUUUUGUGUGGUUUCCAUGGGAAAGGGUUCAUGAAACAUAAGUGUUUCAAUGAUCAUUAUAUUCAUGGAAUUGACAGUGAUAGAACAUUUUGCAUAACGCAGACUGUGUAGCCUGAUCAGUGAUCUUUAAUUUUAGGAGAAGACUUUUUAACAGUUUCUUUAACACAAUCUAUGACUUGGUAUCAGAAAUGCAUUUACUAUUCUAAUUAUGCAUAGUCCAUAUCACAUUCUCCUCUUUGGCAAAAGGCAUAUUUUUGGGAACGUUUAGAACAAGUCAGGUUUGAGUGUUUUAAACAUAGAUCUCCCCUAUCGAUGCACUGCAACCCAGUUUUCUUUGGGUGUCUUAACUCCUUAAGGAUCAAUGAUGGGAAUGUUAGGCAGUCUUGACAACUUUAGUCACGCAAAUUGAAUAGUAGCUGACAUGAGAAAUUAAUCAGUUGGCUAUAGUGUGCUCCUAAGUGAAAAAUGGUAUGUCAGAAUUUUACUAAAAUUCUUUAUUACAAAAUUAUUAAAUGUAAAAAGGCAUCACUGAAUUUUCUCAGGGAGUUAAAUGGUCAAAGACUACUAGAUAUUAAGAGCAAGCAGCAGUUCAAUAAGUUUUCCCACUUCUGGAACAAAUUUGCUUUUACUUUAAAGGUUACAUUUUAAGCUCCAUAAUAACUUCAGCUCAUGGAAGUAGUUAUGGUGGCUGAUGUUUCUAUGCCCUCUCUCAUAUUUCAUUAUUAAACUCCUACCUAAUGGUGAAUCUGGAUCCAUGAGUAUCCACAGCUUUGCUUUCUGACCAAAUAGGUAAGGCAGAGUUGUUCUGCCUAUUGGCACACCAAAUCAUACCAGCAGUAGUGAGCAGUCAGUACUGCAGGCAAACUGAUUCACCAUUAAACCUUUUGGAAUCUGUUUAAUUGUGAAACUCCAGUUUAGGGCGAUAUGAUGCCUUGGGUGUCCCGUGUUUUAUACGGCAAUUUUCAGUAAAUAUGUGGUUGCGAGGUAUUUAAUCAGGAGGAACCGCACAUAAAACCUAUUGUUUAUAUUACUUAUUUCAUGUAUUGUGUUUAAUGGACCACAACAGCUUUGGAAUUGCCAGCCCCUAAAAUCCAAUUUUAAUUCAGUACACAUGUAUGCAUUAAAAUUGCAAACAAUCAUCUCUGAAUAGUCUGGAUUCUGCAGAGAAAUAUAGUGGUUGCUUUACAGGUUCUCAGUAACAGUAAUAGGAAGUUAUGUCAAAGGCAAAUGUCUGCAAAUGCAGUAUGAUCUGAAUUUACUAUGGGCAAUAACCUUUUAAUAAGUUAUGGUGCUUGGAGUGUCCUUCUAAUCACCAAUAUCAUGUUGCUUGAUUUUAGGUCAACAUUAGUAUACCAUGAUUUUCCUCUAACAAAAUGUAAUUGCAAUGGCCAGAUCAUAGGACACAAAGGCGGCUCUGAACGCUCAUAAAGCAAAUAUGCUGUUAUAGCGUCCUGGGACUUUCCUUUUGUAGACGGGGCCACUUUUGAACAGAAUAUAAAUAAAUGUUAUUUUUAAUAUAAGUUAACAGAAUGAACUGAAAAUGCCAUUCGACUUGGUUGAGCAAGCCUUAAUCUAGAAAAAUUCCAUUUCAAGCAAUCCUGUAUUUUCAGUUGUAAAGUAAACACAAUUGUGACUGAGGAAACUAACCAGACCUGAUUAUGUGCCAUAUUAAGACUAGU